GUUAGUUCAUCUUCCCCACUUAUCUCUUUGUUGAGUGACGAAUCUUCUCUCUCGCGGUUUUGUUGAUAUCGUCCAACAAAAUAAUAAUUUCCCCUCCAAAAUUUCGUCGCAUUGAAUUUUUCUCGAUCCUCCAUUUGAACUACACCACUAAAUUGCUUCACCGUUAUCCUCACAGCUUCAGCCAGUUCCAGUUCCAACUCCCAUGGUGUGAUCACAGCACAAGCCAGAAACAAUGGCGUCCACUUCACUUCCUUCCGUACAUUCCAGCAAUGUCUCUUCCGCGCCCUCAAUCGCACCUCUUGCAGGACCUUCUUUCUACAUGUCGUCUUCUUCUUCCUCCUGUUCAUCUCUCUCUAUUCGACCAUCCUCACUUCGUCCUACUCGCCUUCGCUCUUCCUCUAUCUUCGCCGACUCCCGUUCGAGGCGAAUCCCUAAAUUGAAGGGGCUGAAGGUGAACUGUGCAGCUGGGGAGCCGCUAAAGGUGAUGAUAUCGGGUGCUCCAGCCUCCGGCAAAGGAACUCAGUGCGAGUUGAUCGUUCAGAAGUUUGGCCUUGUGCAUAUAUCAACUGGCGACAUAUUAAGAGCAGAAAUUUCAGCUGGGUCCGAAAUUGGAAAUAAAGCAAAGGAGUUCAUGAAUUCUGGACGGCUAGUUCCUGAUGAAAUUGUGACUACAAUGGUGACUACACGAUUAUCAUGUGAGGAUGCAACAGAAAAGGGGUGGCUUUUAGAUGGAUAUCCUCGAACCCUUUCGCAAGCAGAAAGUUUGCAGAGGUUGCAGAUUAAACCAGAUGUUUAUCUUAUUUUAGAUGCUCUUUCGUAUAAGUUGACUGUAAAUCUGUUGUUAAUAGCACAAGGAGUAGGCUCUGUUUUGAGCAAAUUCAAAUUUCUUCUUCAUCAGUAUAUCAGUGAGGUUCCUGAUGAAAUUCUAAUCGACAGAUGCAUUGGUCGAAGGCUUGACCCAGAGACAGGAAAGAUUUACCAUCUGAAAUAUUUUCCCCCAGAAACAGAGGAAAUUAAAGGGAGACUUGUCACCCGGCCUGAUGACACUGAGGAAAAAGUGAAGCAGCGUUUGGAAAUUUACAAACGUAAUGCAGAGGCAAUAGCACCAGUAUACUUAAAUAUUACAAAGAAGAUUGAUGGAAGCCGUUCCAAAGAAGAAAUUUUUGAAGAAAUAUCAUCAGUAUUAUCACAGAUGCAGAAAGAAAAAGCUACGAAGUUUGGGAAAUCAACCCUUGGAUUCAAGAGUACUUCAGGUCAGGAUAGCUGGAGAGGCAUUCCAACUAGAUUGAAUAACAUUCCUCACUCCAGAGAAAUCAGGAAAUAUUUUUACGAUGAUGUGCUUGAAGCUACCAAGCGAGCUGUAAAAGAUGGUAGAACUAGAUUAAAGGUGGAGAUCAAUAUUCCUGAGCUUAAUCCUGAAAUGGAUGUCUAUCGAAUAGGUACACUUAUGGAACUUGUUCGGACUAUUGCCCUUUCAUUUGCUGAUGAUGGAAGACGUGUCAAGGUAUGCAUUCAAGGAUCCAUGGGGGAAGGUGCACUUUCUGGAAUGCCACUGCAGCUUGCUGGAACUCGGAGAAUCUUAGAAUACAUGGACUGGGGCGACUAUGGUGCUUUUGGGACCUUUGUCAAGAUUGGUUCAAUUGGUGCAAAAGAAGUUGAUGAGCAAGAUGACAUGUUCGUCUUAGUAGCGCCUCAAAAUGCUGUUGGAAAUUGUAUUAUUGACGAUAUGAAAGCGAUGACAGAUGCAGCUGCUGACCGACCUGUUAUUCUCGUAAAUCCUAGGCUCAAGGAUUUACCUGGUUCGAGUGGUAUCAUGCAAACAAUGGGUCGUGACAAAAGGUUGGAGUAUGCAGCAUCAUUCCAAAUCUGUUAUUUCUUUCGGCUUCUCUAUUAUGCGGGAACACAGUAUCCAAUCAUGGGGGCUCUCAGGAUGUCUCACCCAUAUGGGUAUGAACUCUACAAAAGGGUGGAUGAAUCUUCCGGUAAGGAAAGGUAUGUUAUGCUAUCCAAGUUUCCCAGCAGACCAUCCACUGAUGAUAUCAAUAACGCCUUUCAAGGAAAACAAAGAAACGAAGUUAAGAAGUCGUCGGGAAUCUGGGGCUUCUUGAGCGGUAUCUUUUGAGCUAGAGCUGCAAGCAAAAUAGAUUCUUAAGUGCAAUCAUUUACAGAGAAAGAAACCAAAUCUUCUGUAUGAUUUUAUACAUUGAAAUCUGUCUGGAGAAACAAAGCAAAGAUACGCAACUUCAAAUUCUUCGAAA